CCGCCCGCUCCGCAACGCCAGCUCGGCAGGCGCGGGGCGUGAGUCUCGAGUGAGACCCGCCAGCCUCCAACUCCGCAGCGCCCGAGCGCGGCGGGCAGCAACUUUCUCCCCGGAGCGGCCGCGGCGGCGGCGGCGGCCGUGGCAUCCGGAGCGGGCACCGGCCGGAGGAAGGCGGCGGCGGUCGCCCCUGCCCGCUCAGGCUGUCCAGCCCUUCCGAGACCGCCGGCCCGCGGAGCCUCGACCCUCCCCCGGGCAGCCCCGGGCCCCUGCCGCCCUAUGUCCCGCAAGGCGAGCGAGAAUGUGGAGUACACGCUGCGGAGCCUGAGCAGCCUCAAGGGCGAGCGGCGCAGGAAGCAGCCGGAGCCGGACGCGGCGAGCGCGGCCGGGGAGCGCAGCCUCCUGGCGGCCGCCGAGUCGAGCAGCAGCCUGCAGAGCGCGGGCGCGGGCGGCGGCGUCGGGGACCUGGAGCGCGCGGCGCGGCAGCAGUUCCAGCAGGACGAGACCCCCGCCUUCGUGUACGUGGUGGCGGUCUUCUCCGCGCUGGGCGGCUUCCUGUUCGGCUAUGACACCGGCGUGGUGUCGGGGGCCAUGCUGCUGCUCAAGCGGCAGCUCAGCCUGGACGCGCUGUGGCAGGAGCUGCUGGUGUCCAGCACGGUGGGGGCGGCCGCCGUCUCGGCGCUGGCGGGCGGGGCCCUGAACGGCGUCUGCGGCCGCCGUGCCUCCAUCCUGCUGGCCAGUGCCCUCUUCACCGCCGGCUCCGCGGUGCUGGCCGCGGCGAACAACAAGGAGACCUUGCUCGCCGGCCGCCUGGUCGUCGGGCUUGGCAUCGGCAUUGCUUCUAUGACGGUGCCAGUGUACAUUGCUGAGGUCUCACCACCCAACUUAAGAGGUCGAUUAGUCACCAUUAAUACCCUCUUCAUCACAGGAGGCCAGUUCUUUGCAAGUGUUGUUGAUGGAGCCUUCAGUUAUCUCCAGAAGGAUGGAUGGAGGUACAUGUUGGGACUUGCAGCGAUUCCAGCAGUCAUACAGUUUUUUGGCUUCCUCUUUUUACCUGAAAGCCCCCGAUGGCUUAUUCAGAAAGGACAGACUCAGAAGGCCCGUAGAAUUUUGUCUCAGAUGCGAGGCAAUCAGACCAUUGAUGAAGAAUAUGAUAGCAUCAAAAACAACAUUGAAGAAGAGGAAAAGGAAGUUGGUUCCGCUGGACCUGUGAUCUGCAGAAUGCUGAGUUACCCCCCCACUCGCCGCGCUUUGAUUGUAGGCUGUGGCCUGCAGAUGUUCCAACAGCUCUCCGGCAUUAACACCGUCAUGUACUACAGUGCAACCAUCCUGCAGAUGUCUGGCGUUGAAGACGACAGACUCGCAAUAUGGCUGGCUUCAGUUACAGCCUUCACAAAUUUCAUUUUCACACUCGUGGGAGUCUGGCUUGUUGAGAAAGUGGGCCGCAGAAAGCUUACCUUCGGAAGUUUAGCAGGUACCACUGUAGCACUCAUUAUUCUUGCUUUGGGAUUUCUGCUAUCUGCCCAGGUUUCCCCACGCAUCACUUUUAAACCAAUAGCUCCAUCAGGUCAGAAUGCUACUUGCACAAGAUACAGUUACUGUAAUGAGUGUAUGUUGGACCCAGAUUGCGGAUUCUGCUACAAGAUGAACAAAUCCACCAUCAUUGACUCCUCCUGUGUUCCAGUUAAUAAAGCAUCUACAAGUGAGGCAGCCUGGGGCAGGUGUGAAAAUGAAACCAAAUUCAAAACAGAAGAAGUAUUUUGGGCAUAUAACUUCUGCCCUACUCCAUAUUCUUGGACUGCACUUCUGGGCCUUAUUUUAUAUCUCGUUUUCUUCGCACCUGGAAUGGGACCAAUGCCUUGGACUGUGAAUUCUGAAAUAUAUCCUCUUUGGGCAAGAAGUACAGGAAAUGCAUGUUCAUCUGGAAUAAAUUGGAUUUUCAAUGUUCUGGUUUCACUGACAUUUUUACACACAGCAGAGUAUCUUACAUAUUAUGGAGCCUUCUUCCUCUAUGCUGGAUUUGCUGCUGUGGGACUCCUUUUCAUCUAUGGCUGUCUUCCUGAGACCAAAGGGAAAAAAUUAGAGGAAAUUGAAUCACUCUUUGACAACAGGCUCUGUACAUGUGGCGCUACUGAUUCUGAUGAAGGGAGAUAUAUUGAAUAUAUCAGGGUAAAGGGAAGUAACUAUCAUCUUUCUGACAACGAUGCUUCUGAUGUGGAGUAAUUUUCAACUGCUGAUAUAUGUGGUUAUUAAACAAACUUGGGAGGAAAAAGCAGCAAUUGGUGACCUUACUGCCCUGCUUCUAAUCUGGUUCUUUCCACAGUCCAGUUUUGGAUGACUUCUUAUUCUAAAAUCCUUGAUUAGGAGGAAGAUACAAUCAUGUUGACACUUUUUUUCGUAAGUUGAAAUGUAAAAAAAUAUAUAUUUACAGAGAUUUUAAAAUAAUAAUCAUUGAACAAAUGUGUGUAAUUCCUUCCGAGAUAGUCUAAAAUGAAUAUUGUAUUCAGUGAUUUCAGUGGUAUCCUUUUUUCCUAAGACCAUAUAUAACUAUUAGUGGCAAUUAAGUCAGUGCUAAUCUAGCUGAAUCAUGUAUGUGAUAUAAAGAAGCAUUCUAGGAUUUGGUCUAAGAUGUUUUCUAUCAAAACCUGGCCUAUUGGCCUAAAUUUUCCAAGGACAAGUAUCUUAUCUGUGAUCAGCUAUUUGAAGGUAAAUUCCAUUAAGCUUUCAUCAACAAAUCCAAGUGCCUCCUACUUGGACACAGCUGUCUUAUCUCCUCUGGAUUCCACAUUUUGGUUUCUCGUUCCAAGUCAGAUCUUGAUUGUUCUUCAGAAAUUGACUCCACACAGGAUCUUUUGAACAUUAUGAAAAGCAGGUCUUUUGGGGUAUAUUUUCAUACAUAUUUUUUGCAUCAGUGAUAAGUGUACAUUUGCACAGAUAAGCUAGCAAGUUUUGAUAAGUAUAUUUUAUUGCUAGAAAUGUCAGAAAGAAAAGAUUUUUAUGGAUCCCUAAUUGAGUUAGUCACUUAGGUAUGGAACUAUAAAUAUAAAUAGUACUAGAUCUUCAACAGCAUUUCAGGGUUGGUUUUUGUACAUGCCAAAAUCACUUGAUACUCACCACACCUUUGCACAUCAAUUCUUGAGUCCUAUGUGUGCCUUCAUUUGUGUUAUAUAAAUAGCUGCUAUCAGACUAUUUCUCCCUUCUUUUAUUCAAAUAAUUUCUGAAACAAAAAAGGAAGAAAAUCAGUGACAAAUAAUCCUGCUAUUGUUGCUAUUUAUUUAAAUAGUGGGACUUAUUUUUAAGUUAUUUUAACUUUUUAUUAAUUUUCCUAAGGGAAUUGUCACUUUUUUUUUUUUUUUUACUGAAUAGUACUUGUCUUUUUUUUACUCUAAGAGCAUAAACUAAUUUUUUAUUUUGCACACCCUUUCUCAUUUUCCCUGACAAUUACAUCCCCUACUAUCCCCCCAAAAACAACACAUAGAUUUGUCUGUGGAUGUUUCCUUUUACUCAUGUUUAACUUGAAUUUUUUCCCUUCUUACCUAAAAAUUGUGAUUUACUAUAGGACUAGAUUAAUGGUUCUCAUAUAGCACACAUCUUUAAGAAAUGUUGACUUUCUCCAUUUCUAUAAUGUCUUUUCAAAGUGUUUAUUGGUUUUUAUGUUCCUUCAUCAAUGAACUCUAAUUUUUGUUCUUAUAUAUUAAGAACUAUACAGUAUAUACAAAGUUACUUCCUAGUUCCAGUGAAAUUCUGAAUGACUCUUCUUUGGCCAGCUAUGAGUGCAUAAGUUUGAUGCAUUUUAACAUGGCUCUAAACAUCUAAUAAGGUAUUUUGGGGAGUGAAAAGGUGGCUAUCGCUAAAUUCAUUGUGUUUCUGCCAGUCUCCAAGAUGUUUUUUCUUCUCUUUAAGUCUGGCUUGUUCACAUCACAAUGUCAAAGCUGAGAAUGUAGCCAAAAAGAUUCAUUCUCUAAGUCACCAGGGGUGCGUGAUAUGUGCUUUAAUGGUCACUUUACUGGUAAAAAAAAUUUCUCACUUUGAUCAUUGCAUAUAAUAAAACAUUUAUUUUACAGAGUGUUUUUUUCCUUGAAUUAGGUGCUUUGACAAUUGAUUUCCAAAUAGAUGUUAAUAUUAAUUUGUCCCAUAAGAGCAGAUGUGAUUUCAUAGAGAAAUUUUUUUAUUCUAUUGAUAUUUCUUAUCUAUGUAACAUUUCAUAAGGUAAAGUGAAAUGGAAAGGGAAGGGUCUGUUGUAUAUUAAAAUCAAAAUAUGAUGGAGAGAAAAGAUAUUUAGACCAAUAAAGUACUCACCUUAAGAAUUCUUCUGAUUUAUCCAAAUAAUUGCCUCAGUUCUUCUCUUUAUUAUAUACGUAGCCUUAACUCAGCUGGGCUGAAUGCACAGUAACUUUAUUAAAGGAGCAACUCAACUCUUAUUUUUUUGUAAAGUAGAACAUGGCCAGUUUCCCUGAUAUAUUCAAAUGGUAUUUUCAACUUUAUACCCAUAAAUGCACAUUAUAACAGGGAAAAUUUGCCACAGUCCUCCUCAACCCCUUCUUUAAAGGACUAUUUGUUAUUUAUAUAGCGAUAAAGAUAACAUUCCAUAUCUUUGAAGUACAGAACAGAGAGGCACAGUAUAAGAAUUAUUUAUAAUUUUUUAAAAACAAAUUACUUCAAAAGGAACCUUAUACAAUUAGGGAUUAUUUUUAGAUCCAGUGAAUAUUUAUAGUAUAUUAAAAAUUUAAUGUUUGAAUUUUGAAAGUUUUUUUAAGUUCUCAGCAUUAUUAGCUACCACUAUCAACUUGGAAACAUUCUGUUUGAAAUAUCAUCAAAUAUAUAUUUUAUAGGACAAUUUAUAUAUGGUUUAACCUACCAUAUUAAAAUGCAUUAAGCAUCAUGUACUUAACUGAAAUUAUAGAUCUGCUUCUAGACAUGCUGCAAGUUCAACGGAUUUAUAUUGAGUUUUAGGAAAACAUAGUGAAGAAAGCUGUAACCCCUGUUAAGGCUUAUUAGCUGAAUGGCUGAUGAGAUCUGCACUAGACUUGAGAAAUGUAACUUUCCAUCUGCAUCUGAACACUUAAGUCUAAAAGUGAUGUCAGAUAGGUUUUAAAGAUUUGGUAUUAAUAUUUUUCUUCAAUAUAAACAUUCUUAAUAAUUUUGAUUGAUGCACCUUAUUCAAUAAUUACCAAGCACAUGAUUUUAUGUAUAUGUAAAAUGUCUAAAUUAAAAGUAGACUUAGAAAGCUUGAAAUUUUGUUCCCAAUCAUAUGCAGUAGUUAGUUCACUGAUGAAAAUGCUAUGAGGGUAAUGCUAUCAAGUGCUUUCUCAUAGCUUUAUUUACCACUAAUUAAGAUUAAAUAUAUGAAUAUAAAUAUGUUUUUUAAGUAAUUCAUUCUAAAACAAAUCUGUUAAAGAAUUUAGAAAUUAUUUACUCUAAUUUCAAAAUCAAUUAUCCAGUGGAAGAAUGAACAGGAAAAACAUAAGUUGACAACUUGUCCUUUUUCUUUUUCUUCAGAAAAAUUGAAAUGCAUUAUAAUAAUCCAUAGAUCCAGGGGGGAGAUAUUUUAGAAAAUACUAUCCAUAUGUUAUCUAAGACAAUCUCACAAUCUAAAUGACACUAAUAUAGUUUAUAAAUACUGGAAUACAGUGAGGGGACUGAAAGGAUUGUUUUGAUUUCAUUUCAUAGGCACAGUAAUUAAAAACAACAUGAGAUUUUAUUAUAAUCAGAUUUUUUAAACCAUUCUCUUACAUAAAAUCUCAAAUUAUACUAAGCACCCAAUAACUGACAGUUGUUGUGACAAGUUUUCAAUUACCAAAUUCAGACCUUUUCACUAACAACAAGUACAAGAAUGAUAUACCUGGCCAGGAGCAGAUAAUUCAUAAUAUGUGCUUUAUAACAAAAUGUAUUAAAUUGUGGAUAAAAUUUACAGCUCAUGUGUAAAUGCUGCCUCUAAAAAAAAAAUCAGAAUUGUUAUGUUUUAAUGUCCUGUUUUCUGUCAUAUUCUAUUAAUUUUCUUAGCCUCAUGUACAGUAAUGUUAAUCUAAUUGGUGAAGUGAUUCAGGUUAUAGCAGUGAAUCAAAGGUUGGUUCAUGCAGUUCUGGGUGGACAAUCUUGCCGUUUUCUAGAAAUAGCAUUAUUUAAAAAUGCCAAACAGCUAACUGUUAUCAACUCUCUUAUAUAUUGUCUCUUAAAGAAGGAAAUUUUUGUGUGCCAAUAAUCAGCAGAGAAAUAUUUUAUAAGUACUAAUCAUGCUCAGAAAUACAUGAAAGAAUUUUAUCCAGAUUUGCUUGUGAGUGUUAAACAAUGUAAUUCCUAUAAAUCGUUACUUUGUACGUAUAAAAUAGUCUGCUGCACUUGAGUGAUUUGGUCUGUGGAAUGUUAAAUACCUACCUUUGUUUAGCAGUAAUAUUCAGAUUUUUGUUUUAGACAGUUAAGUUCUUGUGUUUGUCAUAUCAAUAUAAAUGAGAAAAUGCAGCCUACACGUACUUAAAAGAUAAAAACCAGUAUUUUGUAAAGUUUUAAAAUGUUAGCAAAUUUUAAUAUUCAAGUAGCAUUCCAUCUCAUUUCAAGGUUAAAAAAAGAUGAGACUGAACUCUAGCCAAAGUAGAAAAUUUAUACUCUACAUGUCCAAACUGGUUCUUAACAUCUUUUGGACUAUAUUUCACUUGAUGUUAUAAUAUCUUUUAUUUAUAAUGUUCAAAAUUCUAUUUAGAAGCUCUAAUGUAUAUCUAGACUAAAUCUAAACUGUUUUAUGCUUUUAAAAUAUGUUUUCAAAGUAUAUAUUUUAUUUUUUGAGUGCAUGUUAUGGAGUGUUUAAUAUUCACAUGUCUUGGCAAAUCCAAUAUAAGUAUUUAUUCCUACAUGUGACAUGAGAUAUGUCUUAAAAAUUAUGAAUAUGUAUAAGUUCCUUCAAAGUCAUUCUAGCCUAUAGCUGUAUCAAAAGUAUUGUAUAUUUUAUGGAGAUUUAGUGAUGUAUAUGUAAAUGUUUUUUAAGUUAUUUUAUUGAAGUUUAUCUUUACAUGAAAUUAAAAUCUUUUUUUAAAAAAUGUGUCAGUGCCAGAACUAUAAACGGAAAUAAAUAAAAGUUAAGACAAUUCAUUCUCAUU